AUGUGCGCUUUGGGCUACAACCCCGACACAGAGGCCACUUUCUUGCCCCUGAACCCGCGGGUUCACGUCUCCCCAACCCAGCUGGCAUGGCAUCCAUUCGACAUCCCCUCCAACGAACCGGUAGACUUCGUCGCUGGUCUGAAGACCGUCGCUGGAUCUGGAGACCCGACUCUCCGUGAGGGACUUGCAACUCACGUCUACACUGCAAACACAAGCAUGACCCAGAAAGCCUUUGUCAACUCCGACGGUGAGAUGCUCAUCGUCCCCCAACAGGGAGCAUUGGACAUCCAGACCGAAUUCGGUCCACUUUUCGUCCAACCAGGUGAAAUCGUCGUUAUUCCCCGCGGCAUCCGCUUCCGUGUCGAGCUUCCCGAUGGUCCUUCUCGCGGUUACAUCCUCGAAGUCUGGGGCUCUUGCUAUGAACUCCCCGAACUAGGCCCGCUGGGCGCCAACGGUCUAGCCAACGCGCGUGACUUCUUAACCCCGAUAGCCAAGUAUGAAAUUCGCCAGGAGGCGUGGGAAGUCGUAUACAAGCUGGGAGGCAAGUUCUUUGCCAGCACGCAGAACCACAGUCCAUUUGACGUUGUGGCCUGGCACGGUAACUAUGUUCCCUACAAAUACGACAUGACGAAAUUCGUCAACGUCGGCUCUAUCUCAGUCGACCACAUUGAUCCCUCCAUCUUCUGCGUUCUGACCGCUAAAUCCCGGGACCCGACUGCCCCUCUCGCCGACUUCCUCAUCUUCUCCCCCAGAUGGGACGUCGCAUCCAACACCUACCGUCCACCAUACUACCACCGCAACGCCGCCUCAGAGCUAAUGGGUCUCAUCUACGGCGACUACGGCGGCCGCUCCGACGCCUUCAAACCCGGCAGUGUCUCCUUCGAAUGUGGCAUGGUCCCCCACGGCGUCGCCUACGAAGAAUUCAAAGCCGCAAGCGAAGCCCCACCGCCAGUCAUGCGCAUCUCGGAGGCAUCCAUCGCAAUCAUGUUCGAGUCUUCCCGCGCCUUCACCAUCACCGACUACGCCUGGAACAGCGAGAAGCGGCACGAGCAUGAGCCUGCCAUGUGGGAUAACCUGGUGGACAACUUCUCGAAGCGCAAGGAUGAGGUGGAGGCGCUUUUGGCGAAGAAGGCGGCGGGUUUGAGGGUUUGA